UUCCGCUUCCCCUCCGCCAUAGCGGAAUCAUCCCGGGGCCGCAGACAGGCUGAAAAGUUGCAUUGUAAAUAGUUAAAGUCCAGUUUUUACUAACUUAUUUCUGUUCGCCUUGAAUCACCACAACAAAGUAAAACUGAGGAAGUACUUUGAACGGAUUAACAGACGUUUUCCAGCCCGAGGGUGUCCGUCCAGGAGAAAGUUGUUGAAGUUGAGCUGGUGUGGAGCCUCCGAUGUCCUGCUUUCCUCCAGGUAACACUUGCUACUUCCUCUCUUCUCUGCUGCCGUUGAAUCCUCCUGCAGCGCAUGAGCACAGCCGUGCUUCAUGCUGAUGUGAGCGCCGCCUCGCUCCUUCUUUGUUCGCCACCCUCUCCUUCCUCUCAGCCACGUGAGCCUCACCACUGCCUCCAGGGAUGUGUGAUAACGGAGAUCCCGAGGAUAAACCUCCCGCCCCCCCGGUCAGGAUGAGCAGCACCAUCUUCAGCACUGGCUCGGGAAAAGACUCGCUCUCAGCCAAUCACAGCUCCAAACCUCUGCCGUCUGUGCCCGAGGAGAGGAAACCUCGCAACAAGAUCAUCUCAAUCUUCUCCGGGGCAGAAAAAGGUGGUAGGAAGAAAGAUCGAGACAAAGAACGACCAGAGAUCUCGCCACCAUCAGACUUUGAACACACCAUACAUGUUGGCUUCGAUGCUGUCACAGGAGAGUUCACUGGAAUGCCGGAGCAAUGGGCUCGACUACUGCAGACCUCAAACAUCACCAAGUCGGAGCAGAAGAAGAACCCACAGGCUGUGCUCGACGUUCUCAAGUUCUAUGACUCAACGGGCAAUGGCCGCCAGAAGUACCUCAGCUUCUCCUCUUCAGAAAAAGACGGGCCUCAGUCUCCGGUGAAAAAAGGAACUGAACCUUCUUCUCCAAACAUCAAAGACAUUGAUGCUGAAGACGACGAUGAUGAAGCUCCGCCCCCCAUAGUUGCUCCAAGACCAGAACACACAAAGAGUGUGUACACUCGCUCUGUCAUCGACCCGAUACCUGCACCGAGCGCUGCCGUGGACGGGGAUGUCGCCUCGAAGGCUGCAGACAGACAGAAGAAGAAGGGCAAGAUGUCGGACGAGGAGAUCAUGGACAAACUGAGAACCAUCGUCAGCAUCGGAGAUCCCAAGAAGAAAUACACCAGAUAUGAAAAGAUUGGCCAGGGGGCAUCAGGAACAGUUUUCACAGCCAUCGAUGUUGCUACAGGACAAGAGGUGGCGAUAAAACAGAUCAACCUUCAGAAGCAACCAAAGAAGGAGCUGAUCAUCAACGAGAUUCUGGUGAUGAAGGAGCUGAAGAACCCCAACAUCGUCAACUUUUUAGACAGUUUCCUGAUGGGUGAGGAGCUGUUUGUGGUCAUGGAGUAUUUGGCUGGAGGCUCUCUGACAGACGUGGUCACAGAAACCUGUAUGGAUGAAGCUCAGAUCGCUGCUGUCUGCAGAGAGUGUUUACAGGCACUGGACUUCCUGCAUGCGAACCAGGUCAUCCACAGAGACAUCAAGAGUGACAACGUAUUGUUAGGAAUGGACGGCUCCGUCAAGCUGACUGAUUUUGGCUUCUGCGCCCAGAUCACUCCAGAGCAGAGCAAACGCAGCACCAUGGUGGGCACACCGUACUGGAUGGCUCCUGAGGUGGUGACCAGGAAGGCGUACGGGCCCAAAGUGGACAUCUGGUCUCUUGGAAUCAUGGCCAUCGAGAUGGUGGAAGGAGAGCCUCCGUACCUGAAUGAGAACCCACUACGUGCAUUGUACCUGAUCGCCACUAACGGCACACCUGAGCUGCAGAACCCUGAGAAGCUGUCCCCGGUCUUCAGAGAUUUCCUCAACCGUUGUUUGGAGAUGGACGUAGAGAAAAGAGGCGGAGGAAAAGAGCUGCUGCAGCAUCCGUUCCUGAAGCUGGCUAAGCCUCUCUCCAGCCUCACGCCGCUCAUCCUGGCAGCCAAGGAGGCCAUGAAGGGCAAUCGUUAGCGGAUGAUGCACGCUCCCUGCCUUCCCAUGCUGUGCACUGAUAACGUGCCAACCAUUUAGAUUGAUGUGCCAGACAAUAGGCUGAGAGUGACUCUCCUCACUCUUGACGCAGCAGCCUUAUCAGCCCUGACAAACCUCACUGUGAAGAAGACCAAAAAUCGAGAGCACACCUCCACCGCUGUCCACAUGAACUCUCCUCUCUCUCUGACGUCAGAAGACAAGUCAAACUAAAGUGCUUAGAGUCCGGCGUAGCUUCUUUUUCUACCGCAGAUCUCCAGGUGACACGUCGGGGCUAGGCUUGUAUUUAACUCUGAAUGAAGAAGACGCCUAGUUCUGUUUAGUUUUUUUAAUCAACUGCCUUAAAAACAAAUGCAAAAUGUUGCCUAAUGUAUUGUUGAUUGUGUUGGUGUUCCUCUUCCCAUGAUUUUUACUACCUUUGUAAUUUCAGCUCGUCAGUGUCUUAGUUAUUUUGAUACUUGAAUUUCAUAUGUGUCCCCUCCUCCCUAUGUAGUCGGUCUCCUUCGAUGAACACUUGCCGCUAUUUCAACUCCUUUUAUGGACAUUUCUCUUGAAUAGGAAACUUUUCAGUGCAUUCUUCAUCAUGAAUGUGUGCUGUGAUCGUGUCAGCGUCCAAUCUGGCACGCCUACUGUACCAGCGCCGCCUCCUUUAACCCGUUCAUUAGUCUCCUGAAAGCAGAGGUGCACCUUACAGGCAGAUAAAGAUGUUAGACGACAGGGUUUAUACUUUCUUCUCUAUUGUUGUUAUUAAAAAUGACUGUGUUGUAUGUCCAUCUCUGUCCUUUGUGUUCUUCUGGACUAAACAAAUGCGCUUUCUCCCCCAUGUGUAUAUUGUGUACUUAAUAAUUAGUUUAAAAAAACAAGGCCAUAUCAUCGUGAUAGCUGUCCAAGGCUGGUAAAGACAAUUUGUUGCCUGUUUUUUUAUUUUUUAUUUUUAUGUCUCUUCUGGAUGACUAACAACUUUGUCUGCACACUCAAAUAAAUGCAACUGUUUGUGCUUUUGUGA